CGGGGUCGCUCCCUCAGCAUUGCGCACCAUGGCGGCGACAGGAGCGGGCGGGCGUGCGGCGGGGCUGCAGGGGCUGGAGGCGAAGCCCCUGGGCGCGGCGAAGCCGCUGUCGCUGGGCUCGCUGCAGGGCAAGGUGCUGCUGGUGGUCAAUGUGGCGUCGCUCUGAGGCACGACCAAGCGCGAUUUCCUGCAGCUCAACGAGCUGCAGCAGCGCUACGGCCCCCGCGGGCUCCAGGUCCUCGGCUUCCCCUGCAACCAGUUCGGCCACCAGGAAAACUGCACCAACGAUGAGAUCCUUCCCAUGCUCGAGCACGUUCGUCCUGGCGGCGGCUUCAAGCCCAGUUUCAUGAUGUUCGAGAAGUGCGAGGUGAACGGGAAGAACGCGCACCCUCUCUUCACCUUCCUGAAAGAGGCGCUGCCCUUCCCGCACGACGACCCCUCGUCGCUGAUGACCAACCCGCUGUACAUCAUCUGGUCCCCGGUCUGCCGCAAUGACAUCGCCUGGAACUUCGAGAAGUUCCUCAUUGGCCCCGACGGCGUGCCCUUCAAACGCUACAGCCGCAAUUUCGAAACCAUCAAGAUCCAGGACGACAUUGAGUUGCUUCUGCAGAAGGUUGCCUAGAAAGUUCUUUGCUCUUGCUGUUGGCUGUUUUUCUUGCAGGGAGCCGCUGCUUUGGCAGAAAUCCCAAUGUCUCGUGUAGAUUUUGCUUGUGAUGGUGCAUCUUCCAAAUCCUUGAAGUGUGCCUGAUGUUUUCAAAAGUUGCACGGGAAUGUUUGGGAAGGUAUGCCAGGGCAAGCAGCUGUGAGUUUCAGUAGUUCACUGUGAUUUUCUGAAUAAAAAUUGUGUAGUUUCUUUAA